AUGGAUAAUACCAUUGAUUUGUCCACACUUUCAACGCUCGACGACGUCCUCAAAGCCUAUCAAUACUUAUGUAAUGAGGAGAAGAGUGCAGAGAAAGAGAUCAAUGAGUUGUUGUCGGACGACAAGAGUUUGGAGACAUCGAUGGCUCGUCUGCGCAAAGAUAUGCCAAACAUGUCUUUGAUUGAAUCCGACGCCAAACAGUUGUCGUCACUGAUUGGCUUCACGUCAUCGCUGGCCGACAGCGUGUCCUUCAAAGUCCGUCGACUGGAUUGCGCCAAAACACGGGUCACUCAAUGUCUUCAGCGCAUUGAAGACAUCUUAGACCUCAAGUUCUGUACGGAUGGCAUCCAGAAGGCGCUGACCGGCGAGGACUACGAACAGGCGGCCGCACACAUCCACCGCUUCCUAUCCAUGGAUGAGUCCAUUCUGAGGAAGUCAGCCGAAGAGGAGGUGACCACGAGUUCGGCGAAGACCUCGUCAAUGGAUGAGGCCUUCGAUCGCUUACACGACGCCGAGAAUCGGCUCAAGAAUAUAGUGAUGAAGAGGUUUGACGAGGCGGUCAGCGACGACGACGUGGCCUCAGUCGAGCGCUUCUUCAAGAUAUUCCCACUUCUGAACCAACACUCGGAGGGUUUGAAGAAGUUUUCCAACUAUUUGUGCACAAAAGUCAACGAAAAGGCCAAAAACAAUACAAACCACUCGUCGACCGGACAUUCAGACAGAUUGACUCAACUCUACGAAUGCAUUGCCAAGACUGUGGACAUCCAUCAGCCGCUAAUCGAGACCUAUUACGGACCCGGAAAGUUGGGAACAGUCAUCGAAGUCCUUCAGAAAGAGUGCGAUCGUCUCAGCAAAAGGAUUAUCGAGGACUUCAACGCUAAGAAGAAUUUGCAACAAAUCGUGUCUUUAGUGACCAAAUCACUGAAACCGAGUUCUAGUUAUCAAACGGUCACUAAAGUAGAUCCAAGAGAUUUGGAUCAACUGUUGUCCGAAAUUAUUGUUCUCAACAAUAGAAGUGAAACUUAUUUGAGAUUUAUAUCGAAGCGAACGAAGAGUGACAUCGAAAUCGCUUUUCCAGAAAACAGUGAUCGAAGUGAAGACCGCAAUGAAAGGACUGAAAGACUGAAUCAAAUCGAUUCCAUUAUAAGAAACUGUGAAUUAAGUCAUUUGAUUCACGAAAUGAACGGAAUCUAUGUUCUCAUGGAAGAGUAUUUCAUCAGAGAAUCCACUCUUAAAGCGAUUCAAUUGGAUUGCGUCGAGACAUCCGGUGCUCUGACGUCCAGUAUGUUAGACGACGUCUUCUUUAUUAUCAAGAAGUGUAUCAAAAGAGCGCUUUCGAGUGGAAGUGUUGAUGUGGUCUGUGCUAUGAUUAACCAUUCGGUGUCUCUGUUGGAGACAUCCUUUUGCGAAGCAAUGAAUGAGAGGUUGCGUUACGGAUACCCGAGUACUGCCACCAUAUCAGGCGCUGCGGCAGCCCUUGACUUGAGUCAGGCAUACAAUGCACUCCAAGCGGGAAGAUAUCUACAGACGGCCAGUGACUUAGAGAAAGCAAAAACACUAUUCUUGAGUUCUCUGAACAAUUUGGACACCGCUUGUGAAUACGUUAAGAGUCUCAAGACAUCCAUCUCUGAAGACGUCAAGAAGGCAUCGGUUUUGCAGAAACAACAGAACGAGAAACUCGAGAGUUGUCUCUCAGAUCUGGUCGCUCUGAGUGGACGCUUCAAGUCGAUCACUACGUCCGGUUUGGGACAGUUGUGCUCGUCUGCCCUGAAGCCCAGGAUCAAGAUAUGGGUCGACGCCUUCAUCUCAAGUAAUCAUAUUCUCACUGAAGAAGAAUUAAGUAGUUAUGAGUCGACGGAUGGUUUGCGACCUUUUAUGCAAACUUUUGUCAUAAGUAUUGAUGCAAUGAUUAAGUCAUUUAAGGAGAGUCUGUCUCAAAACAAUAGCGACACUCUUCUCAGUCUAUUUUCUACUGAAUUGACUCAACGAUUGGGCGACGGAGUGCUUAAGUGUAGCUAUAAUAAGUUGGGAGGCUUUCAGUUUGACCGCGAGUUGAGGUCAAUCAUCAAUUACCUGACGAGUGCCACGACGUGGUCCAUACGCGACAAGUUCUCCAAAUUGAAGCACAUUUCCAUUAUUUUAAAUUUGGAUAAUAUUGACGAAAUCAACGAAUAUUUGAACCCCAGCUCCACUGCGGCCGGUAAUGUGGGCUCAAGUAUGUUAAGUCCGUGGAGAAUGACACCCAAUGAAGUGAAACAAGCGCUCAAAUUGAGACAAGACUUUAAUCCGCAGGAUAUUAAGAAACUAAAGCUUUGAUUAAUUUUUAGAUUAUAUUUUUACUAUUAUGGU